AAAAAUGUAUGUAUAUGCACAUUCACACACACAAGUGCGCAUACACCUAGCCAUAAAUACACAUACAUAUAUAUAUUAAUUCAUGGCAACGUGAAAUAGAUAUGAACUAUAUUGCACAAAUAUGCUUUAAUAAGGCAUCUGUUAAUAUAUGAAUAGCAUAAGACCAUGAUACACAACCAAAUGCACAUAUCUAUACUCAUCUGUGACAGUGUGUAGUUGUGUGUGUUAGAAUGCCUGUUUCUAUAUGUGCUGUUUAGUACAAAGUAUACAUAUUUAGUUGAUUUCUAGCAUUGGAACAAGAUCUAAAAUCUGGGUAAAAUCUGAGUAUACUGUAUUGUAACGACCUUGGUAUUUGUCUUGUACUCUGUUUUAUCGACAUCCAAACCAUGACAGGAAAAACUGUUUUCCGUGAAAUUUGAACAAAGAACACAAAGGUCCGCAAAGAAGUACCCAUGGUGUAUAUGGAUAUCACGUGCACAAGUACAUACAUAACCGGUGUCAUUUCCGAAAACAUUCACAUCCAUGUCAACGAAUGAAACAAAUACAUAUAUGCGUUUAAGCUGUGCUAUACAGGAACUAACAAACUUUCUAAAGGUGAAAGUGUAUGGCUUACUCAUAGAAAAGGUGGAGAGAAAAGAAAUUAUGAGUAAGAGGCGUUGCAGGAGGAUAAGAGAGGUGUUAAUCCUUUCGUAUUUGGAAUAAAGUAAGCGAGUAGUAAACAAGAAUAUCAGCCCUGACAUCAGCAUUGUCAUCAAGAAGAAUAUGAGUGACCUGUUACUCUAGCAAAAUCUAUUCUAUUAACGACGCCAACAAAAUCAAGAAGAGCUUCUUCACCCUGUGCCUGUUUCCGGAGAAUAUUAACAUCAAUAACAUUAUUGAUAUAACCAGCAAACAGCAGCAGCAGAAGCAGCAGAAGCAGCAACAGCACCACCACCACCACCACCACCAUCACCACAACUACAACAACAACAACAACAACAACAACAACAACAUCUGCUGCAAUAUCAAUUAGAAAAAUGGAAGCACUCAUUGACCAUCUUCUAGAAACAAGUUCCAAUGAAAAUAUGACUUUGGAAAUUCUCAACGAAAAAAUAUUUCUCAUGAAUCAACCAACAAUUGUUUUCAUCUUUCUUCUUUACCCGAUUGGAAUACUGGGUAACACCGCUGUGAUUUAUAUUUAUCUUUGUUGCUUGCGUUUUUCGAACUUGAAUUUAUUCAUCAGCAGUCUUGCAUUCUUCGAUUUGAUAUGUUGUAUGAUCGGCAUCAAUUUCGAGCUGAUUGAUUUAUUCUUACCAGUUAUGCAUCCAUCUAAAGUGAUUUGUAAAUUUCAAAGACUUUCUGUAUUCUUUUGUUGCAUUGGAUCUUCAUUAAUGUUACUUGCCAUCGCUGUUGAACGUUACCAGAAAGUUUGCCGUCCCACCAACUUUCAGAUCUCUACAUGCCAAGGAAGAAUCCUGACAUUUGUAAUCAAUUUUUGCUCACUUGCAUUCUCUUUGCCAGUUAUUUGGGCAGUAAAACUUGACGUACCGCAUUUUGAAAAUAAGUUAAACGUAAGUACUUGUGAAUUUAAAUCAUCAUUAAGUUGGAGACUCUAUUUUGGUGCCGUUUUUCUUGGCUAUUCGUUAGAUCUCAUCGUAAAUUUCGUUCUAUAUUGUUUAGUCUGGCGUACUGCACGACGCCACUUUCUUCGUUUAGACAUGCCUGACGAAUCUAAAACGGAUAAAGAUAAACGAAAAAAUAUCAGAAAACUUCAUCGGAUAAAUCGAACAGUAAUUUCUAUAACUGCAUUGUUCGCACUUAGUUUCUCUCCUUUCUGUAUUUUGUCUUUAUUGCCAAAAAAUGUGGACAGCAAGAAUUUUAAAAUCGAAGAAACGAUCAGACGAUUGCUUUCACGUUUGUGGAUUCUUAAUUGCACCAUGAAUCCAGUUGUCUAUGGCUUCUGUAACAAAGAAUUUCGAAUUCAGAUCAAACGCAUACUUUAUGGAUUAGUGCGCAAGAACAUAUCUACAACCUCUAGUCAAAUUGAUUGCACUGAAGAUGACGAAAAAUAGCUAAAGGAAAACUUUCUAAAUUUAAUCUGUCACAGAAAAAGAACAAGUAUGUUGGAAAACAAGAUUUGUUUUUCAUUAUGAGAAAAUUACUAACUAUACAAUCAAACGCACACAACUAAAGACACAAAACUCAAACACACACAUUUAUCUACUCAUAUACAUACAUAAACUGACAAGCACUGACAUUGUUUAUCAAACUGGUAGUGAGAAUGUACUGUAUAAUACAUAUAUUCAAACUCAUUGGCAUGCUUCAUAAAAUUGUUAAUAUAAACAAAUACAUUUAUACUUACAGAAUAUAUUAUUUAAGCGUAUAGAAAUGUUUAAAGCUUUUCAAUCGACAA